AUGUCUGUUGGGGGAUCUUGCAGUGACAACGCAGCCAAGUCCUCCUCGGGAGCCCUUCCCCGCCAUAGCCCAAUCACUGGUAGACCAGGCGAGAAGGUGGGGUACAUGGAGGAGGACGCGGGCGAAGAGGAGAAGGAGGAGGAGCAGGUGGCGCUGCAGGUUUGCGGGCGGCAAGCGGACGCCGCGCUGCCUGGGCUGGUUCAGGUCCGUGUGAUUGAGGCUGCACGGCGGUUGGGGCUGAGGGUGGUUCUGGAGCCGCCCCGGGCUGCGGACCGGAGCAGCUGGCGGGAGGCCUUCAUCACCAACUGGUAA